CCGUGACUUGGAUAUAAGAUCAACUUCUUCAAAAUGUCCUAGUUUGCCUAGUCACCAAUAUGGCGACGGGAUUGUUUAUGUCCAGAGUAUCAGUCACAGAAACAAUAAAAUAUUGAAAGCCACAGAGGUACUUCUUCAAAAAACCAAAAAGGGACCAGCCAAGAAAGCCACCUUAGCAUUCAAUUCAGACUGGUAUUUUUGUUUGUUACUGGUAGAAAGUCAGCCAAGUUCUAUUUUCAAAAAAGCUUUAAAUUCUACCGUGUUUGAUUUCUGAGAGUGUAAUUCGAUUCAAUUUGGCUUCUCUAAACUUGCUCAACCAAGGUUGCAACCUAGAAAUUUCCCCUUUGUGUCAAUCCUCUUUUCUUUUCUCAUAAACAAUAAUAAUUUUGAGUCCCUUCUACGUUUUCAAAGCCCUGUUACUUAACCAGAGAUUGGUUAAAAGCAAAAUGCCUUGUCCAAGACAAAGGCUAUUUUAGCUGCAGAAAAGAGAGAAAAUGGCUGAAUGUUCAGUAAACUUUCUUAUAGAAAAGCUUUCACUCCUUGUAGACAAUGAGGUGAUCAUCAUCCUGUUCAGAGGGGUCCGAGAACAAGUGGUGUAUCUGAGGCUUGAAUAUGAGCGGAUGAGAGCCUUCUUGAGGAUUGCAGAUGCAUUGCAGGAUGGUGAUGAAGAGCUUAGUGUUUGGGUUAGGCAAGUGACAGACAUUGCACAAGAUACUGAAGACAUACUUGAUGAGUUCUCACUUCUCCAGGACCAUGAUCAAGCACAUGGUUUCUAUGGUUCUCUCCUCAAACUUGCUUGCUGUGUUAAGAAUGCAAAAGCAAGUUACCGGAUUGCUUCUGCAUUGAAAGGCAUAAAUUCAAGGAUGAAAAUAAUCAGCCAAGUCCAUAAACAUCUUCGUCACAAGUUCAUCCAAGCAAAACAAGGUUCAGACUCCAAUACAUGGCAUGAUUGUCGCUGUGAUGCACUUCUUUUGGACGAAUCAGACCUGGUUGGUAUUGACAAGCCGAAGAAGAUACUAGUUGAGUGGCUGAUCAAGGGUGGUCCUGGCAGGGAAGUUGUCUCUCUGGCAGGUAUGGGAGGAAUGGGGAAGACAACAUUGGCAAAGCAAGUUUAUGAUGAUGCAGGAGUGAAGAAGCAUUUCAAGAUACGUGCGUGGAUCACAGUCUCUGAAUCGUGCAAAAUACAAGACCUUCUCAAAGACAUGGUACAACAACUCUACAAGGCAACAAGGAGGAGAGUUCCACAAGCAGUCGAGAGCAUGAACAACAAUCAGCUGAAAAGGACAAUCAAGGAAUUGCUGCAAAGAAGCCGGUAUCUGAUAGUUUUGGAUGAUGUCUGGAACUUGGAUAAAUGGCAUGCUGUGAAAUAUGCACUUCCCAGCAACAGCUUUCGUAGCCGGGUUGUGCUCACAACUCGAAACGCUGACGUAGCAGCCUUCACCAGUGGAAUUGAAUCCAAUAGCAAGAUCCAUAAUUUGGAGCCUCUACCUCUGGCAGAGUCAUGGGAACUGUUCUGUAGAAAGACGUUCAAAGGAAAUGCAUGCCCUCCUCAUUUGGAGGAGAUUUGUAGAAACAUUUUGAGAAAAUGUGAAGGACUCCCCCUUGCAAUUGUGGCAAUAAGUGGUGUUUUAGCCACAAAAAGCAAGUGGAGGAUCGAUGAGUGGGAUAUGGUUAGCCGGAGUUUAGGUGCUGAGAUUGAAGGCAAUGACAAACUCAAGUACCUUAAGAAGGUUCUUUCUUUGAGUUUCAAUGAUCUGCCUUAUUAUCUCAAAUACUGUUUCUUGUACCUGAGCAUCUUCCCCGAGGAUCACCUCAUCGAGCAUAUGAGACUAAUCCGGUUGUGGGUCGCAGAGGGCUUCAUUGAAGCAAAAGAAGGUAAAACGUUGGAAGAAGUUGCAGAAGACUAUGUCAAUGAGCUCAUGAAUAGAAGCUUGAUGCAAGUGGCAACAACUACAAGUGAUGGAAGGGUCAAAACAUUUCGAAUCCAUGACCUUCUCCGGGAGAUCAUCAUUUCAAAAUCAAGAGAUCAGAACUUUGCAGCAAUAGUGAAAGAACAGAACAUGCAGUGGCCUGAUAGAGUUCGACGCCUAUCAGUACAUAACUCAUUGGAGGAUCCACUUCCCAUCAGGUCAGUUUCCCGGCUACGUUCUCUUUUCAUGUUUGGGGUGAUGGAAAAACCACUCCUGAAUAAGUUGUUCCCUGGUGGAUUUCGUUUGCUUAAUGUGUUGGAUUUGAGAAAUUCUCCCUUAAAGAAAUUCCCAGUUGAAGUUGUCAAUUUAUACCACUUAAAGUAUCUCAGCUUGAGGGAUACUAAAGUGAAAAUGGUUCCAAGAUACAUUGAGAAGCUUCAGAACUUGGAGACUUUAGAUCUAAAGCAUUCCCAAGUUACUGAACUUCCCAUUGAGAUAUUGAAACUCCAAAAACUUCGUCAUCUCCUUGUAUACCGUAACGAGUAUGCAUCUUAUGAACAUUUUCAUGCCAAGUCUGGUUUUCGAAUCAUGGAAAGCAUAGGAGUUUUUCGAUCCUUACAAAAGCUCUGCUUCAUCGAAGCAAAUCUAGAAGGUAGUGAGCAUAUGAUGAGGGAGCUGGGGAAGCUAACUCAACUGAGAAGGUUAGGCAUUGUGAAGUUGAGAAGAGAAAAUGGAAAAGCACUAUGUUCAUCCAUUGAGAAGAUGACAAGUCUUCGUGCCUUGUCUAUAUCUUCAGAAGAAGAGGAUGACAUCAUUGAUCUGCAAAACCUUUCCGCUCCUCCUGUGUUGCUUCAAAGAUUGUAUCUAAGAGGACGCCUGGAGAUAUUACCUCACUGGAUUUCUUCCCUCCAUAGUCUUGUGAGAUUGUCUCUGAAAUGGAGUAGGCUGAAAGAUGAUCCACUUGAAGAUCUUCAGCACAUUCCUAAUCUUGUCCACCUUAUAUUAUGUCAGGUUCACAAUGGAGAGAAACUGUGUUUCAGGUCUGGUGGGUUUAAAAAGCUUAAGAUUUUAGGCAUUGAUGAAUUUGAUGAACUUAGAAGUAUUGAAGUGGAGUCAGGAGCUAUGGCUUGUCUUGAAGAACUAAGCAUCGGCCGCUGUCAGUUUCUGAAGAAGGUACCAUCGGGAAUUGAGCAUCUAACCAAGUUGAAAGUACUCGAGUUUUUCGAUAUGCCUGUAGAACUAAUCAACACAAUUCGUCCAGAUGAAAAGUGCAAUGACUGUUGGAAAAUAUCUCACAUUCCAGAAGUUUAUUCAACAUAUUGGAAAGAAGGAGGAUGGGAGGUUUACCCUUUGGAGAGUUUGGCUGAUGGAGAGAAUUGUCCCCUGCCUAAAGAUUUCAUUAAUACCCGAGAACUCCGGACUCGUUGGAAGUAACGUUUUCUGCAAAGCUGGUGGGAAGUUCUCUGUGGAUUAUCAUUUUGUAAAAUACAAAAAAAAAAAUGCUAGUUUGUGGUACAAUGUAUAUAUGAACUCGUUUGCAUGAAAAAGCUAGGUUUUUGUACAAUCUGUGUAGAACUAGUUUGCAUCUCUGGCACAUUAAUGUAUAUUGAACUGCUAUAAUAAAUAAAUAAAUAAACAUGCCGUACUUCUUGUAAA